AUGGGUCUCACAUGCAAGUAUAAUUCUUUGCUCUUCCUCAUCUUUCUAGCCUUUGCCUCAAAAUAUUCACACGGACGCAGCAGCAGCUCGCACCAGUGCCUCAACGAUCAGGCAGCAUCACUGCUGCAGCUGCAGAAGGAUGUCCUCAGCCGCAACUCCUCCACUGUCACGUUUGAUGAUAACUCAUCGAUGAAGGUGGCAAAAUGGGACAACGAAACCGACUGCUGCUCGUGGGAUGGGGUCACAUGCGACCACUCUGGCUACGUCGUUGGCCUCAACCUCAGCUACAGCAGCCUCGCAGGCGACAUCGAUGCCAUAUUCAACCUUCACCACCUCCAGCAUCUGAAUCUGGCUGGCAACAACUUCCAGCUCACUCCAAUUCCUUCAGGUUUCGAGAGGCUCUCGAACUUAACUCACCUGAAUCUCUCCUUUUCCUGCUUCUCUGAUCAAGUUCCAGCCGGGAUUUCCAGUUUAGUGAGGCUUGAAUCCCUUGAUCUCUCCACCGUCUUCUUCUGUGAGCUGCCCCCGACUUUCAAUGAUCCGGACUACAACCGCAUAUUUGCUAUUGAGGAGAAACAUAGGCUGAGGCUCGAGAAACCAAAUCUUGAGUCCUUUGUUAGAAACUUGAGUGCACUAACAGAGCUCAACCUUGAUUAUGUUGAUCUUUCAGCUCAAGGCUCGAGCUGGUCUCGAGCGCUGUCUGUGCUUCCUAACCUUAAAUUCUUGAGUUUGUCAAACUGCAAGCUCUCGGGUCCCAUCCACACUUCUUUUCAAAAUCUCAAGUCUUUAAACACUCUCAAGCUUAAUAGCAACAAUCUCUCCUCAGAGGUGCCCCAUUUUCUAGUCAAUUUUCGGGAUUUGCGAGUGUUGAAUCUCGCUUCAAACCAACUUUAUGGGAACUUUUCUCCAAACGUUUUCCUGCUGCCAAGAUUAGAAGCCAUUGAUGUGAGCAGAAAUCCUUCCCUUUCAGGCAAACUACCUGAGUUUCCUUUGAAGAGUUCAUUGAAAUUGGUUUCUCUGUACGAGACAAGCUUCCGUGGAAAAUUGCCAGAUUCGAUUGGGAAUUUGGAGUCUGUGACAAAUUUGCUUCUCUACACCUGCAACUUUUCCGGUCUGAUCCCACCAUCAUUUGCAAACCUAACCAGUGCAACUGAAGUAGACAUGAGCUAUAAUAGCAUCGAGGGCUCAAUCCCAAGUUUCAGGUCUAGCAGUCUCCCAAAACUUCAAGACCUCCGUUUAUCUUUCAAUCGCCUCACAGGCUCCAUAGAUCCCCAUAUUUUCACACUUCCAUCCCUGAAAGUUCUGUACUUGAACGAUAACCGUUUGAGCGGAGAACUCGGGGAAUUUUCAUCCUCCUCUUCAGUACUGGAGAAGGUGUAUCUAAAUGGGAACAAUCUGAGUGGUGGAAUACCAACGUCGAUGAGUGAGAUAACAAGUCUCACUUAUCUUUCACUUGCCAGUAACAGAUUCACUGGCUACAUGAAGCUGGAGGCUUUCAAGCAUCUCAGCAACUUGACGAGCCUCGACCUUUCAUUCAAUAGCUUAAACAUCAAAAACGAUGAUCCAAAUUUGAUGUUUCCAAGCCUGGAUGAACUAAAGUUGAGCAGAUGCAACUUGACAGAGUUCCCGACUUUCCUCAAGAACCAAGAACAGCUGAGGACUUUGAAUCUUUCAAACAAUGAAAUCCAAGGGCAUGUUCCUGACUGGUUGUGGACUAGCUAUCUAAAUGAGCUGGAUCUUUCAGACAACGAGGUUGACUUUCCGAAGGAAUCUAGUCAAGUAAACACCACAUUUUCUCUAUCAUUAGGUAUACUGGCGAUGCGAUCCUGCUCUGUUUUCAAGUUUCCGAAGUUUCUGCAGCUGCUAGACGGCCUAUGGUACCUUGACCUCUCCGGAAACAAAAUAAAGGGACAAGUACCCAACUGGAUUUGGAAGAGCACACUUCAAUACGUCAUCCUUUCACACAACAAUCUUGAAUCUAUGGAAGAGUUCCUCCCCAAUGUCUCCUUGACUUCGUUGACAACCCUUGAUCUUCGAAGCAAUCUGCUUCAGGGAUCACUUCCGACUGGGAUCUGCAAUAUGAGCAGCCUCUCCAUUCUCGAUGCUUCUCAGAAUAACCUAAGUGGAUUGAUCCCCGAAUGUCUAGGCUUGAUGUCCAAUCUAACUGUCUUAAACCUGCAGGGGAACAAAUACCGGCAAAUCCCAACGGAGUUUGCAUUAGCCAGCAGCCUGAAGUCUCUGAAUAUCAACAACAAUCUCUUGGAAGGGAAACUGCCGCGGUCAUUAGAAAACUGCAAAAUGCUCGAGGUGUUGGAUCUUGGGAAAAACAUGAUCACAGAUGUGUUUCCCUUCUGGCUAGAGAAACUUCCCAACUUGAGAGUUCUGGUCUUGAGGAACAACAAUCUACACGGUCAAAUACAACUUCCAAGGAGAAACUUCUCGCUCCCGAAACUGGGAAUAAUCGACUUAUCUUCCAACCAGUUCACUGGAGAUUUGCCAGGAGAAUUCCUCAGCAGCCUGGAUGAGAUGCUGAUGAACAACGAAAUCAAGUCUGCAAACCUGAAAACUAUUGGGCAGUAUGAGUACUAUCAAGAUUCAGUGACAAUCAUGAGUAAAGGAUAUGAGAUGGUGCUUGUGAGGAUACUGACCAUUUUCGUAUCUCUUGAUUUGUCCAACAACAGGUUCCAUGGCAAGAUCCCCAGUGAGAUUGGGAACCUGAAAUCACUGGUUGUCCUCAACUUGUCAAGAAAUGGUUUUGAUGGAAGAAUCCCUCCAUCGCUUGGGGACUUGGUCGAGCUUGAAUCCUUAGACCUCUCGACCAAUAAACUCUCCGGAGUAAUUCCUCAGCAGCUUACCAGCCUGACUUUCCUUUCCUUUUUUAAUGUGUCGAACAACAAUUUGACAGGGCUUAUACCAAAAGGAUACCAGUUCAAUACCUACACAAAUGACUCCUAUCUCGGGAACGCUGGAUUGUGUGGAGAGCCACUGUCAAGAAGUUGCUCGCAGCCUACUGGAUCCGCGCUACAACCUCCAUCACAGGGUGACGACUCAAGAAAUGAGAGCUUAUUUGAUUGGAGAUUUGCUGGAUCAGGUUAUGCAAGUGGAAUAGUUGCUGGACUUGCACUCGGUUAUGCAUUUUUACCAGAUUUCCAAUAUCAUGAAGGCCGUUUGCAACUCAAAAAAAAGAUCAGAAGACGAGGAAGAUCAUCAACUUAA